CUUCCGCUCCGUGUCUCCGUUGACUGGAGACAGGCUGAACACCGGCGUCCGGGUUCGGUGUCCUCUAGUGAGAUCCCGAGAAUUGAUUUCAUGAUCUGAUUAAUACAGUGAAGGCUUGUGACCUGCAGUUUGAAAACCAGUUAAUCUGGCUGAUGUCCUGGUAUGGUUGAAAUGUAGAGAACAUGAAGUGAUACAUUGAGAGAUGAUACUUGGAUCCAAGGAAUCUAUAGCUACAAUGUUGUCAAGACUUUUCCGAAUGCAUGGCCUCUUUGUGGCCUCACAUCCCUGGGAAGUCAUAGUGGGGACAGUAACACUGACCAUCUGUAUGAUGUCUAUGAACAUGUUUACUGGUAAUGACAAGAUCUGUGGUUGGAAUUAUGAGUGUCCAAAAUUUGAAGAGGAUGUUUUGAGCAGUGACAUUAUAAUUCUAACAAUAACACGGUGCAUAGCAAUCCUGUAUAUUUACUUCCAGUUCCAGAAUUUACGUCAACUUGGAUCAAAAUAUAUUUUGGGCAUUGCUGGCCUCUUCACAAUUUUCUCAAGUUUUGUAUUCAGUACAGUUGUCAUUCACUUCUUAGAUAAAGAAUUGACAGGCUUGAAUGAAGCUUUGCCCUUUUUCCUACUUUUGAUUGACCUUUCCAGAGCAAGUGCAUUAGCAAAGUUUGCCCUAAGUUCCAAUUCACAGGAUGAAGUAAGGGAAAAUAUUGCUCGUGGAAUGGCAAUUUUGGGUCCUACAUUCACCCUUGAUGCUCUUGUUGAAUGUCUUGUGAUUGGCGUUGGAACCAUGUCAGGGGUGCGUCAGCUUGAAAUUAUGUGCUGCUUUGGCUGCAUGUCAGUUCUUGCCAACUACUUCGUGUUCAUGACUUUUUUCCCAGCUUGUGUAUCCUUGGUAUUAGAGCUUUCUCGGGAAAGCCGUGAGGGUCGACCAAUUUGGCAGCUCAGCCAUUUUGCCCGAGUUUUAGAAGAAGAAGAAAAUAAGCCAAAUCCUGUAACUCAGAGGGUCAAGAUGAUUAUGUCCUUAGGCUUGGUUCUCGUUCAUGCUCAUAGUCGCUGGAUAGCUGAUCCUUCUCCUCAAAACAGUACAGCAGAACAUUCUAAGGUUUCUUUGGGCCUUGAAGAAAAUGUGUCCAAGAGAAUUGAGCCAAGUGUUUCCCUCUGGCAAUUUUAUCUCUCUAAAAUGAUCAGCAUGGAUAUUGAACAAGUUAUUACCCUAAGUUUAGCUCUCCUUCUGGCUGUAAAGUACAUUUUCUUUGAACAAGCAGAGACAGAAUCUACGCUCUCGCUAAAAAACCCUAUCACAUCUCCUGUAGUGGCCCAAAAGAAAGUUCCAGAUAAUUGUUGUAGACGUGAACCUACGCUUGUCAGAAAUAACCAGAAAUUUCAGUCAGUGGAAGGAGACACAGGGAUAAACCAAGAAAGAAGAGUUGAAGUUAUCAAACCUUUAGUGGCUGAAACUGACACCUCAAACAGAGCUACGUUUAUGGUUGGUGGCUCUUCCUUAUCCGAUUCUUCAUCUGAACCAGUGACACAGGAAUCUGAGAUUGAAUUUCCCAGGGAGCCUCGGCCUAAUGAAGAGUGUCUACAGAUACUUGGGAAUGCAGAGAAAGGUGCAAAAUUCCUUAGUGAUGCUGAGAUCAUCCAGUUGGUCAAUGCUAAGCAUAUCCCAGCUUACAAAUUGGAAACUCUGAUGGAAACCCAUGAACGAGGUGUAUCUAUUCGCCGACAGUUACUUUCCGAAAAACUUCCAGAGCCUUCUUCUCUCCAGUACCUGCCUUAUAGGGAUUAUAAUUACUCCCUGGUGAUGGGAGCUUGUUGUGAGAAUGUUAUUGGGUAUAUGCCCAUUCCUGUCGGAGUGGCAGGACCUCUGUGCUUGGAUGGAAAAGAGUUUCAGGUUCCAAUGGCAACAACAGAAGGUUGCCUUGUGGCCAGCACUAAUAGAGGCUGUAGAGCAAUUGGUCUUGGUGGAGGUGCCAGCAGCCGAGUUCUUGCAGAUGGUAUGACUCGUGGCCCAGUGGUGCGUCUUCCACGCGCUUGUGACUCUGCAGAAGUGAAGGCCUGGCUUGAAACACCUGAAGGGUUUGCAGUGAUAAAGGAGGCCUUUGAUAGCACCAGCAGAUUUGCACGUCUGCAGAAACUUCAUGUCAGUAUGGCUGGACGCAACCUUUAUAUCCGUUUCCAAUCCAGGACAGGGGAUGCCAUGGGAAUGAACAUGAUUUCCAAGGGUACAGAAAAAGCACUUUUGAAACUUCAUGAGUAUUUCCCUGAAAUGCAAAUUCUUGCAGUUAGUGGUAACUACUGUACUGACAAGAAACCUGCUGCCAUAAACUGGAUUGAAGGAAGAGGAAAGACUGUUGUUUGUGAAGCUGUCAUUCCAGCCAAGGUUGUCAGAGAAGUACUGAAGACAACAACAGAAGCUAUGAUUGAUGUAAACAUUAACAAGAAUCUGGUGGGCUCUGCCAUGGCCGGGAGCAUAGGAGGCUACAAUGCCCAUGCCGCAAACAUUGUUACCGCUAUCUACAUUGCCUGUGGACAGGAUGCAGCACAGAAUGUUGGUAGUUCAAACUGUAUUACUUUAAUGGAAGCAAGUGGUCCCACAAAUGAAGAUUUGUAUAUCAGUUGCACCAUGCCAUCUAUAGAAAUAGGAACUGUGGGUGGUGGGACCAACCUUCUACCUCAGCAGGCCUGUCUGCAGAUGCUAGGUGUUCAAGGAGCGUGCAAAGACAAUCCUGGGGAGAAUGCCCGGCAGCUGGCCCGAAUUGUAUGUGGUACAGUAAUGGCUGGGGAGUUGUCACUGAUGGCAGCAUUGGCAGCAGGGCAUCUUGUCAGAAGUCACAUGAUUCACAACAGGUCAAAGAUAAAUUUACAAGACCUUCAAGGAACUUGCACCAAGAAGGCAGCUUGAAUAGGCUGACGGUUCUGAACUGAAACAUGGGCAUUGGGUUCUAAAGGACUAACAUAAAAUCUGUGAAUUAAAAAUCUCAAUGCAAUGUCUUGUGGAAGAUGAAUGGAUGUGAUCAGUGAGACAACUGCUUGAUUUUUUUCGCUUUCAGAGAGGUUUGAGGUCCUUUCCAUGCAGACUCCUCAUAUUGGAAAACAGUUUUAGUGCUUUGUAUGCUGUGUUCUUUGGAAAGAUCUCAACUGGAUAUUAUGCUUUAAAGUAUCACAGAUGUAGAUGGUAAUCUACAUAGAGUUCACUUCUGAAAGCACAUACAAGCUGAAAAAAAAAAAAAGGUGUUUUUUCUUUUGAUGAAAUGAUGAAGUUAAUGAUGAUUAGUUUGAGAUUGUCCUUCCCCCAACCUCUAAUGGGUUAAAAAUGGAUUUUUAAAUUAUACUGUAGCUGAUAAAACUUCUGAUUUUAUAGUUAAUUUAUUUAGUCUGAGUUGUAGAACUUGACAAUAUAAGAGCUAAGUUUAUUUUUUUGUAAACUAAUAAUUCAUUUGGUGCUGGUCUAUUUUGAUGGGGUUGUAACCAAUAUUCUUGUUCAGAAGGGGACCUGCUUCUUCAAGGGAAGAAUUAUUCUUCUCAAACUACAGAAUAAUGUGCUAAGCAGUGCUAAAUAGUUCUCUAUCAAGAAAACAAAUCACUGCAUUUAUCUCUGUAGGCUGUUUGUUCAGAGAGGCCUCUUGUCUAAAUAUAAAUGUUUGUCUGAUUGGCUAUAGCAUGUCUUUCAGCAUUAGGCUUUAAGGAACAGUUUUAUGCUCUUUACUAAAGAUUGAUCAGGUCUGUGUUGCUUAGUCAAGGUGACUCUGUCACGUAUAAGCAAGUCUGUGACCUCUCUCAGAAUGUAGAAACACAGUUGUGAAAGAAAAACACCAUUUCUCUAAGCCAACUUUAAUUUCUUUAAAGAUAUUUUAAUUUAUUUAGCUGAAAGUUUUAGAUAGUUUUUUUUUUUUUUUUGUAAACAAACUCUAUCAAAACUGUAUAUGUUGUAAUAAAGCUUCUUAUGCUAGGAAUUUCUUGAAAGUGUUCCAGAAAUAAAGAAAAAUCAACUUGUAUGCUGAUAAAAAACAACAAAACAUAAAAACACCUCUAGUUUGGGCCACAGAAGAUAGUGUUCUUAAACGUUGUCCAGGAAAUCCUGGCUUGCUUGCCAAGCCUAACAUAGGAAAAGUCGGCCUGCACAGCCACUGAUGGAGCCACGUGAACGGCCUGGAGUUGUGUGCCUUGUUCCUGUGGCUAGGAGGCUGGUGACGGAAUCAUCCACACAGGGCUUUUUAAUGGACCCAUAAAAGCUCUUAGCUUCCUCAGGGGGUCAGCAGAGUUGUUGAAUCUUAAUUUUUUUUUAAAUGUAUGAGUUUUGUAUAAAUAAUAAAGAACUCCUUAUUUUGUAUUACAUCUAAUGCUUCAGUGUUGGUCUUGGAAAGCUGAUGUCUCAUGUGGAAGGUGGACUCUGGAGAACAUUCCACGAUGCCAUAGCAGCAUGGAGAGCCUCUUAGUGGUCGUAUCCGCAGUAUUAUAGAAGAUCGACCUUUUCUGUUCUGCAUAAUGUUUAAAUAGCUCCUAUUGUGACUUUUCAGACAGUGAUUAUUUAUCUGAGUAUCUUCAUGGAAGUGGCAGUGAACAGUAUGUUGAAUGUUAAUUUUGGUGAUUGUAACCAAUUUCAUCUUGCUAAAUUAAUGUUUUGUACAAUUUCUGAACUGUAUACAUUUUGUUACAGAGGACUUUUUUCCAGCUCCAGUAAAUUAUGAAAAGGAAGUCAA